AUGAUACACCGACGCUGUCGGUUAACUGUGCAGCUCCAGCGAAGAUGUCUUGCAACGCUGGCGAACGAAGAAAAACCACGGAUCAGUCCUGUGGGGAUACAACAUUUGUCUUUAGGGAUACAAGAACAGUUAUUUCCUGGUAGAAAAAGCCAGAUCGGUUCCAGGAAAAACCAGCGACUAGUAAAGUUAUCUCACUUGCAUCUCGACCACAAUGGUCUUUUAGGAAAGAAAGCUGCUCUCAAUACAUCCAUAGACUUUCCUCUACCGAAGCUCCAGGGGUCAUCUAUGGACGAGCAUUUCCACAGGCUUGGAGUUCACAGUUCCCAGAAGUAUGUGGAUCUCACCGAGACUCUGAUGAGUAUUGGAGAGACUUUGCCGCAGAUCCCAACGAAUUGGCAAUUCAAAUCCGGAUGGGUGCGAUAUACCAACUCGAAGCCUCCCGAAUCUGUGCCUUAUCCUCUUGAGGAUAGUCUGGUAUUUGACGUGGAGGUGAUGUACAAAAUGACAGAUUACCCUAUAAUUGCUACCUGCGUGUCUCCAAAGGCGUGGUAUGGCUGGGUGUCGCCGUUUCUAACCAAAGAGAGCGAGUCAAUGGAUCACCUUAUACCUAUGAACACACAUUCCACCGAGAAGGUGAUAGUGGGCCAUAACGUACCAUACGACCGUGCCAGGAUUAAAGAUGAGUACAACAUCAAAGCUUCUAAGGCCUUCUAUUUGGAUACCAUGGCUUUGCAUGUUGCUGUGUCUGGUAUGUGUUCUAGACAGCGGGGUACUUGGUUGAAUUAUAGGAAGAAAACCAAAAAGGAGAAAGAAGAAAAAGACGAGUUGUCUCUGGCCAAGAUCAGAGAUGAAAUAUCAGACUCCUCGCAAUUACAGGCUCUCAUGGAAAAUCCCUCGCUGGAUAUGUUCGAAACUGGAGAUUCUUUAGUGAAAGACGACCCUUGGCUACAGACGAGUAGCAUGAACUCGUUGGCCCAUGUUGCUUCAUUCUACUGCAAGCUCGAACUGGACAAGGAUGUCAGGGAUAUGUUCUCUUUGGAAGACAUGGAUUUGAUUCGUCAGGACUUUCAGGCAGCGAUGAAGUACUGUGCCAGUGAUGUAUAUGCCACCUUCAAGGUGUUGUGCAAAAUAUAUCCCCAGUUCAGGAAAGUUUCACCUCAUCCUGUCAGUUUUGCUGCUCUGAGGCACAUUGGGCAAAGUUUCUUGCCAACAACGAGAAAGUGGGAUGACUAUAUAGAAACCGCUGAACGGUUGUACCAGGAGAACGUUAAGAAGAUUGAGCUUAAUUUGCACAAACUGUGUGAAGAAGCAGUUGCAAUGAGGACAGAUCCUACGAAGCCUUGGGAGAACGAUCCAUGGCUUUCUCAGCUGGAUUGGACGAUUACUCCUCCUAAGCUUACGAAGAAAGGUGUGCCAUACAAAUCCCAGAAACUCCCGGGAUACCCUGAAUGGUACAAACAGCUCAUCGUUAAAGGCCAGCUGAAGCUCACUCCGAAAUCGAGGGUUUCUCCUCUGUUGCUUAAGCUAUCAUGGGAAGGUCAGCCUAUAUACUGGCUGGACCAGAGAGGCUGGUGCUUUUUGGUUGACAUGGAUAAAGCCCAAGAUUACGCAAAGAAAAACUAUACACAUAUUACACUCAACGAGGAAGAGAUAGACUCAAUACCAGAGCCUCUCUUAAACUCCAAGUCGUUUUUCAAAGUGCCCCAUAACGAUGGCCCAGCCAUGAGAACCACCAACAUCAUGGCCAAAUCUUUCAUGUCACAUUACGAGAAGGGUACGCUUUCGUCUCAGUAUGCCCUGGCUGAGGAUCUCUUGCAAAUGACCAUCUCAUGCAGUUAUUGGAUAAGCUCCAGAGAGAGAAUUAAGAAUCAGUUUGUGGUAUACAACGAUGGCUCCAAUACAUUCAACUUCGGCACAGACUCGAAAAUGGGGAUUAUACUUCCACAGGUCGUUUCUAUGGGUACGAUCACGAGAAGGGCUGUUGAAAAGACUUGGCUCACAGCUUCGAACGCCAAAAAGAACAGACUCGGUUCUGAAUUGAAAUCAAUGAUCAGUGCCCCUCCAGGGUAUUCAUUUGUAGGCGCUGAUGUUGACAGUGAAGAGUUGUGGAUAGCCUGUCUGGUCGGGGAUUCUGUCUUCAAAAUGCACGGAGCAACUGCCAUUGGCUGGAUGACUCUUGAGGGAACCAAAGAAGAGGGAACCGAUCUCCAUUCAAAAACAGCCAAAAUUCUCGGUAUAUCAAGAAACGAGGCCAAGAUCUUUAAUUACGGAAGAAUCUAUGGUGCUGGUGUGAAAUUCGCCAAAUCUUUACUUAAAAGCUUCAAUCCUACGCUUGGUGAAGAUCAGGCCAGUGGUAUUGCCAAAAAUCUCUAUAUGUCCACCAAAGGCCGCCAGGAUGUUUUGAAAGGUAAGAAGAUGUGGUAUGGAGGCUCUGAGUCCAUUGUCUUCAAUAGAUUAGAACAGGUCGCGGAAAUGGACGUUCCCAGAACUCCUGUACUUGGGGCUGGUAUCACGUCUGCGUUACAAAAGAACAACUUAAAGUCGAACACGUUUCUGCCUUCCAGGAUAAACUGGACCAUUCAAUCCUCGGGUGUCGACUACUUGCAUUUGUUGCUGGUGUCCAUGGAGUAUCUUUGCGAGGUUUAUGGCAUAGACGCGCGGCUGAGUCUGACGGUUCAUGACGAGAUCAGGUAUCUGGUAAAGACAGAAGAUAAGUAUCGUGCGGCUUUGGCAUUGCAGAUCAGCAACCUAUGGACAAGAGCCAUGUUCUGCCAGCAGAUGGGGAUAGACGAGGUUCCGCAAUCUUGUGCAUUUUUCUCUGCUGUUGACAUAGAUCACGUUUUGAGAAAGGAGGUAGAUCUCGAUUGCAUCACACCAUCCCAUCCUCAUGCGAUUCCACAUGGAGAAAGUCUUGGAAUUACCAAGCUAUUGGAUCUUGAAGAGGUCAGACAAAGCAUUGAGUCUUUCCGCGAUAUGGAUCUUCUGGAUAUCCCAUAUACUGCAAGGAAACCAGUUCUGGAGUCGCUUGACAAAAGCCUAGAUUCGGUUUCCAGGGAGAUGAUGAUUAGUCUCCAAAUUUCGCAGGAGCCAAAGCAGUUCAAAGCACUCAAAAAGACAUUUCUAAACAACCAGGAUAUGAUCCGGAAUAAAGAGUUUGAGUUGGAGAUGAGAAAAGAAAAGUUGGACUCGGAGGAGGUUCUUAAGGGCAAGGUUGUCGACCGCGUGAAGCUGAACUUCAAAGAAAUUACCGAGGUGGUGGACAAGCCUUAA